AUUACUUACAGAUUAUAGUAUUGGACAUUCGACAUUGCUAAAAGAAUCUGAAUUUGUUCAACUUCGGAAUAGAUUCUCAAAGCAAUGGGUUUCGGUGAUUAUCCUAAAGAAUACAAUCCAGCAGUCCACGGGCCAUACGAUCCAGCUCGUUAUUAUGGAAAACCUGAUACUCCAUUCGGACAGGUUAAGUUAAGUGAGAUUGGAUCAUGGUUCGCACGUAGAAACAAAAGUCCUUCAGCUUUUAUGGGCGCUUGCAGCCGAGCCUGGUGGCGCUGGCAGCAUAAGUAUGUGCAGCCCAAGAAGGUUGGCAUGGCCCCAUUCUUCCAAUUGCUGGUUGGAUCGAUGACUUUCUUCUAUGUUAUUAACUACGGAAAAAUGAAGAGCCACAGGAACUACAAAUACCACUAAAGACACCCGAUGUUACAUCUCUGCAUGAACCACUAUAGGUGUUAUAUUUAAUGAAAAGUUUCAAUAAACCAAUAUAAUAGUUUUAAA